AUGAAGCACUUUUCUAUGAGAGAAAACUCGGAAAAAUAUCAUAAAUCUUUUGCUACACAAUUCACAUUAAGAGGAAAAGUUUUCAACAAAAAAAAGAAGAAGAAGAGAGAAAUAAAAGCCAAGAUUGACACGCAAAUUAAAUUCACUAACAUGUUACCUACUCAUGGAUGUCAAUAUCUCACUCCACAAUCAAACGCAAUACACUUGACGUUGUCGGGAAAUUGGAGUCGAAGGAAAAAAGGCAUUCAUCAAGUUAUGCUGUUGUCAUGUUAA